AUGCGUGGCUAUGACCUUGAUAACCAAUUUUGUCGUAUUUUAGAUCCUUCACGACCGUUUAAUAAAUAUAUCGGUGUGAAUCCUCUUGUAUUUAAUAAUUCAACUCAAAAAAUCGCCAUUGCAUUAUGGUCAGAUGAAGAAACAAAUAAUACAAAAUUAAAUAUUACACAGGAUCGUUGGUUCACAUACGGAAUAUUUACUGAAUAUGAAGAUCCUAAGUAUGCUAAAUUCCAAAUUGUCAAAAUGCCAUCUUUAUCAUAUUUGUAUGUUACGAGGAUAGAAAUAUAUGAUGUUGCCAAAGCAGAUGCUAUAAUCGGAAGUAGAACAGGCCAAAAGUCUGAUACGAUUGUCAAAUACGAUAAAAUGUUUACAAGCUUUAAUAUUGCUGGAUUUGCCAUUAGUAAUCAUCUUUGGGAACUUUUCAGAAUUAUUCCUGCAAAUUAUGUUAAUAAUACACGAAUAAAUUCCCAAGAAUAUCCUGUACAACUUUGGUAUUGUCGAGUAGAAUUUACUCUUCUUCAGCUUGCUGCCAAUAUGGGUGGUUUCUUAAGCGCACUUAGUGUUAUUUAUUUCACUUUAUUUGGAUCCCGAAAAAUGAAUCCUUGGGGUAUUAUUCAGCGUUACAUACUUAAAACAGUGCCAUCUAUUUCAGAAUCUUACUUUUCAAUGACUGAAUCACAUUUAGCAUGUUCAGAUAUUGAAGCAAAUAAUAAUGAUAUAGAGCGUAAACAAAUUUAUUCUAGAAGAAACUCUGUUGAAACUAAUUCAGAAUCUUCUCUUUCGAGUUUUGAACAAACUUUAAUUGCUGAUAUAGAUGAAUCAAAGAUUCAAACAAUAAGAUACGAGUUACAUGCUGAAAUGCAGAGGAUUAUUAAAAAAGAACUUUUAACAUUUAGGAGAUUUUUAGGUAAAUACUAUCUUAAAAAUAUAUGA